GGUUUAAGAGCGCGGCGUGCGCGCCCGGCCAGCGCCAGCUCCUGGCCGCGGCACAGCAGCCCCGGCGCCUGCCGUGCCACCCCGCCGCCACCGCCACCGCCGCCGCCGCCGCCGCCGCCGCCACCGCCGCCCGGAGCCGCCGCGCCAUGCCCCGCAUAGACGCGGACCUCAAGCUCGACUUCAAGGAUGUCCUGCUCCGACCUAAGCGGAGCAGCCUCAAGAGCCGCGCCGAGGUGGAUCUUGAACGCACCUUCACGUUUCGAAAUUCAAAGCAGACCUACGCAGGGAUUCCCAUCAUCGUGGCCAACAUGGACACUGUGGGCACAUUUGAGAUGGCAGCUGUGAUGUCACAGCACUCCAUGUUUACAGCAAUUCAUAAGCAUUACUCCCUGGAUGACUGGAAGCUCUUUGCCACAAAUCACCCGGAAUGCCUGCAGCACGUAGCCGUGAGUUCAGGCAGUGGGCAGAACGAUCUGGAAAAGAUGAGCAGCAUCCUGGACGCAGUGCCACAGGUUAAGUUUAUUUGCCUGGAUGUGGCCAAUGGGUAUUCAGAACAUUUUGUGGAAUUCGUGAAACUCGUCCGUGCCAAAUUUCCUGAACACACCAUUAUGGCAGGAAACGUGGUGACAGGAGAAAUGGUAGAAGAGCUUAUUCUUUCUGGAGCAGAUAUCGUCAAAGUGGGAGUUGGACCAGGUUCUGUGUGCACCACGCGCACCAAGACGGGAGUGGGCUACCCCCAGCUGAGUGCAGUCAUCGAGUGCGCAGACUCUGCCCACGGCCUGAAGGGCCACAUCAUCUCUGAUGGAGGCUGCACGUGUCCAGGGGAUGUCGCCAAAGCCUUUGGAGCUGGAGCCGAUUUUGUGAUGCUGGGAGGGAUGUUUUCGGGUCAUACAGAGUGUGCUGGAGAAGUGAUUGAGAGGAACGGACAGAAGCUCAAGCUGUUCUACGGGAUGAGCUCAGACACGGCCAUGAAGAAGCACGCAGGAGGAGUUGCCGAGUACAGAGCCUCCGAGGGUAAGACUGUGGAAGUGCCUUACAAAGGAGAUGUGGAAAACACUAUCCUGGAUAUUCUCGGGGGACUGAGGUCCACGUGCACCUACGUGGGGGCCGCCAAACUCAAGGAGCUCAGCAGGAGGGCCACGUUCAUCCGGGUGACCCAGCAGCAUAACACCGUGUUCAGCUAACCCUGGGGCGACGCGGCGUCCGGCCCGAGCGGAAGCUUCCAAACCUGCUUUUCCCAUCUCCUUCCUAGUCUGUUCGGGCUGAGCUUCUGGCUGCUGCUGAAUGGUGGAAUGCUGUGUGCUCUCUCCACCCUCCUGCCGCCUGGAGCUUUGGUGCCCUCUCGCGUGCCUUCUCGGGGGCUCAGACACAAGGCACUGAUUGGGGCAACAUCAGAGCCCUGCUGCCCAGAACUCAUAACCUCAUUGUUCAAACCGACACUUGCACCUGUCUCUCUCUCUUUUAAAAGAAGAUGGUUUCACUUUAAUGUAAUGCUGUUAUCUUAAGACUUGAUGAAGCGCUGGAGUUUGUAUUUGUAGGAGUCAAGUUGAAUGGUUUGGGAUUUGUUUUGCCUUCUUCCCAGACAGGCUGGUGGCAAGCCACUCCUGGCCAUUAGCAGACAAGUCACCUUAGGAGGAGCAGGGAGGGGACAGUGUGGGGCGGGGGGCGGACAGGCCAGAGUCAGAGUAACCGUCUCUAGCUUUUCCAGCAACCAAAAGCUAGAGGUGGUGGCAUUCCCCACCUGGAGCUUUUGGUUGCUGGAAAAGAACAAAAGCAAUUAACUGGAGAGAUGAACCUGAAUUGUUUUCCCAGCUGAUACUCACAGGGUUGGGGCAGUGUGUUUUCCUGAGACUUUGAUUACACGUGCUUUUCAGGGACAAGUCAUCUGUCCCUACCAGUGUGCUGUCGCCUCUAGGAAGCUGUCCCUGUCUUGGCUUCUCAUUACGUUUUGUUUUCCUCCAUCUUUUCCCCCCCCUCAGUUCCAACUCCCUUUGAAUUUCCAUUGGAUGUUUUAUGGAAAGGUUAUCUCCCGAGAAAUCAGCAAGUGGAGAUGCACUGCAAAAGAGCCAAACCUUUGAUUAGUGGCAUCCUAAAAGGCAUUGGUUUGAGACAUGAGUUAGAGACAUUCCCUUGGUGCGCCAGGGAAUCCUUUCCCGGAAGGACCACACGGCACUACUAUAUAAGGUCAGUGAAUGGGCUGGGAACAAUGACACUGUCUUGGAGAACUGGCCUCUGCAGCUGACCUGCAGCAGUCCCCCAGGAUGCUUGUUUAAACAGUGAAUGCAGAAGAAGUGAUGAGCGGCCACGUAACUUCGAAGUACUGAGUUCCAGGCCUGGAAAGCGCAGAUCAGGAUGUUUUACUUUACUUUUUGAUAAGGCUAAAGAGCAGGUACCCAAGUCAGUUUUCUUUGGAAAGGCAAGCAGUCACCCUGGAGUAGAGAAGGGCCAUGGGGUGCCGCUGUGUCAGGGUGAAUGAAUGGCCUGAUUGUCCACAGUGACCGAUGGCGUGAGAAGCGUCCAAGCAGAACCGUCACACUCUGGGAUCGUACAGGCCUACUGUUGGUCAUUUAAGAAAACGUUGAGAGAUCCAGCAGCGUGCACUCCAGUGCAAUAUUUCUCCCUACUAAAUCCUUUAAGAUUUU